AUGGAACUGAGUAAUAUUGAAACCGAUGAUAGUUCGGACUUGGACAUUAAUCAACCAAGUACCUCGUUUAAUGAGGCUUGUAUUAACGAAAGUAUUGAGGAUUGUGAAAGUGAUGGCAAAAAACUCGAAAAUUAUGAAAUUGAUAGCGAGAAUAUUAGUUACCAUUUCUCAAAUUUUAUGUAUACAAUACUUUCGUUACCAAUUUCUUUAAGCGAUAAGCAGUGUAUAUUUACGUCAUCUUCUGAGUUUCUUCAAUCCAUCUUAGAGUUAACCGAGUCCGAAAUAAUAAAAAGCCAAUCGAAUACUUCUGAUGCUUCAAAAAUAAUUAAUAGGAACAAAACUUUACUGCAAACUGAAUUCAGAAAUUGCAGUAGUAUUUACAAAAUCACAAAACACUUACAAUACAAUAUGAUUAAGCCUAAACAAAUAGUCAUAGGUCACCGAAAUGAGCAGAAACUUAACAAAGAUGGCAAAUAUUACCAACAUGUAGUUCCCAGUACCUUCGUUUACGUUCCUAUUUUGGAAACCUUAAAACACCUUCUGAAUAAAAAUAGCAUAUUAAAAAGCUAUCUAGAGUCCGCAAAAAAUAAUUCGGAAUAUCUUUAUGGCAUAAGUGAUGGAUGUUAUGCCAAGGGUAUAUAUGAAUUAAUGGCUAAGAAAUACGUCAUCGAAAUUCAGAUAUAUUUUGAUGAAUUUGAAACAACGAAUCCAAUUGGAUCAAAGACAGGCAUUCAUAAAAUGGGAGCUUUCUAUUUUACCCUCACAAACGUUCCACAAUAUCUUAAUUCAAAUCUGAAUAAUAUCUUUCUUCUUGCUUUAGCUUAUACAGCUGAUAUUAAACAAUAUAACGUGAACUCUGUAUUGAAGCCUAUUAUUGAUGAUAUCAAAAUUUUAGAGAAAGAUGGAAUUUUUAUCGAUGUUUUAUCUGAUAAAGUAUAUGGAACCAUUUUUUCUUUAUCUCACGACAAUUUAGGUGCUAAUUUGUUACACGGUAUGGUAGAAUCAUUUUCAGCAACUUAUUUUUGUCGAGUUUGCAUGAUGACUAAAGCUGAGACCCAAACUAGUACUUUAGAAAAUCCUAAUAUGUUAAGGAACAAUGAUUUAUACAAAUUACAUUGUAACGAGUCUGUUGACGGAAAUACAUCAUACGGAAUUAAACGAAGUAUAGUUUUAGACGAUUUGAUUCCUAAAACUGCCCUUAACACUACACUUAACUUCACUACAAUUCUUAACAACACUAGAACUUUGAUGCCACCUGAGGAUCCAAACUUCCAAAAUCCCUCAAAUAUUGAACCAUACUCACAGCUCACAGAGUUUACACUUGAUAACG